ACAUCUAAAGAACGCGUGCCUCCGAAGAAUCUGGACUCUUCGUCUCCCUCCUCCGCCCUUUUCGGUAAUCGACGAUGUGCCCCUCCGGCCGCCCGCACCGCAGCGAUCCCUCGCCCUCCGCCGCCUCGCGAAGCCUCCGCCCGGCGUUCGACGUCCUCGACGCCGACCGGGACGGGAGGAUCAGCCGCGACGACCUCAAGGCUUUCUUCUCCUCCUCCUCCGGCCUCGGCGCUGCGCCACUCUCUGAGGAGGACAUCGCAUCCAUGAUCUCCGCCGCCGACGCCGACCGCAACGGCCUCGUCGAGUUCGAGGAGUUCGAGCGCAUCCUCUGCGGCGGCGGCGGCGGCGGAUCCGCCGCCGUGCUGGCGGAGGCGUUCGGCGUGAUGGAUCGGGACGGGGACGGGAAGCUGGGGUUCGGAGAUCUGAAGGCGUACCUAGAGAUGGCGGGGCUGCCCGCCGACGACAACGACGUGCGGGGAAUGAUACGAAUGGCCGGCGGCGACGCCACCGACGGGGUGAGCUUUGACUCCCUCCUCAUGAUCCUUGCCGUUGAUUUCUCCGGCGCCGCUUGAAAUUUUUGUGAUCUGCUUGCUUCCUUAUUAGCUGUCGGCAACAGCACGAAGCCCGUCGAUCGGAUACUUGAAUUGUGACAAAGUGCAUUGUUAAUGCGGAGUUGUCUAAUUAGAUUUCAUAAAUAAAUGACGCAUCUAUUGUGCAAAUACA